AUGCUGUUGCGCGACUUCGUCGACCUAAUGACCCGCGAUUCACCUCGACUCUCUGCAACCCUGAGUGUGGCAGACUUUGUUCGGUUUGUUUCCCUCGCCGGCGAAGUCCAACAUCGUGCGGGACAAAGCGUACGGUUGACACCCAAUCGAAACACUCUCCUACCUUUCCUCGAACUGGCGCUCUCACCUCAUUACCCACAUGACCUGUUGCCUGACUUAUGGCGGCUGUCCUUCCCCCUGUUGGACGCCUCCCGAAUCAACACCUCAGCUGCUAUCCGGGAUUUCGGUCUACACCCUGAGCUUUUGGGUACCAAAAUGCCCGAACGAUUUUUACGUGCACCAAUGUCUCACUGUACCCUAUGCUCGCGUGACCACUCUUUUGCGUUACACGUCCACUCGUGUCUUGACGGCUACCUUUACGAUAUUGAUGGCGUCCAUGCAAUUCAAACAGUGAUACUCUGUUGUUCAAGAAAUGGCUCGCAAUACGACUUUCCUCCACAUCCACUGUCAUUACUACAUGACAACCCGUAUGUCUUACAUGCUUCGGGUGCUUCAGAUGUUAGCCCAAUGACACCCCCGUCCAUAAAUUUAUCCAAGACCAAAGCUUUACCCCGUCGAUGUCCGAGGAAGUUUGCCGCGAUGGCCUGA